AUGUCGACAUCGUUCGACCCAUACGACUGGGCAUCGUUCUAUUUUGGAAAGAUGGGACGAGAUGAAGCGGCACGUCUUCUAUCCGAGACCGGUGUCGCCAUUGGUACCUUUCUUCUACGUGACAGCUCAAGGCCAGGCGAUUAUUCGUUAAGUGUGAGAGAAUCGGACGAAGAGAACAAGGUACGACACUACCUUAUAGAAGAGAAAUUAGGGGAAAAUGGAGUGAAGCAGGUCAAGAUUGCUGAUCACGAUUUUAUGGAUAUACCGACGUUGCUGAAUCACUUCAAGAUUCAUAUACUUGAUAAGACAUCUCUUACUAUUCCAUAUCGUAAAGGACAGAUUGAGCAAGUGGUUGGUUUGUACCGUUUCGAAGGGGAGCGCGACACUGACCUACCGUUUGAAGUUGGCGAGACUUUAGAAAUCAUUGGAAAACCCGAAGAAGGGUGGUGGCAAGCUAGGAAUGCUCUGAAUGCCACAGGGCUAGUGCCCGCAAUAUACGUGAGACCAGUAAGUUGGAAUUCUCAGCAUGUUCUCGAAUCUUUAUUAUUGAUGGUUGAUGUCGAGUGGAACCUGCUCGUGAUGAUUCUCUGUUUUAUAACGACCCCUGAAUCAAACCCUUUUAGCUAA